AUGUAUAUAUAGAUACUUAUUUUAGCCUUAGAUACUAGAAGAUGAAACUAAAAUCCUCAACUCCGAUCCUAUUCUUUGCUGUUUCUCUUCUUCUAUGGCCAUCAAGAGAAGCAGCUGUGGCCGUGGCGGCGUCGCGGUGCAACCAAACAUGCGGCGGAACGACGCUUCCUUUCCCCUUCGGUUUCUCCGGCGGCUGCCCAAUCCAACUCAACUGCAGCUCCAGCGGAACCGCCCUCGCCGCGGACUUCCCGGUCCUAUCCACCACCAGCGACACCAUCUUAGUGAGCCUCCCCGCCGUCUGCGACCGCCCCGUGGAAGCGCUGGGCCACCUCUUCACCAGAAACUACGCCCCGACUUUCCUCAACGCCGUGCUCCUGCAGAACUGCAGCGGCGGCCCGAACUCGUGCUUCAUCCCGACCACGGCGGUCAAGGCUAACUUCGAGCUGCUCGACUGCGGCCACACAAACGACAGCAUCCGCUGCUACUCUGAGACGGAUAACGCAAGUCUCUUCAUGGAUUACGGCAAGCUGCGGCGGAGCGGCUGCCAGUCGCUCUUCUCGGCGAUAUCGAUCGAAUCUUUGGACAUGAGUUUGACCGUUUCGUUGGAUGUUCGGAUUGUGAGGUUAGGGUGGUGGGUUUUGGGGAGCUGCGGCUGCUCCGACCAUGCAAAGUGCACUGGCGUUUUGCCGCCACUCGACGGGGAGCCGCCAGCGUAUCGGUGCCGGUGCGUUGAUGGGUUCGUCGGCGAUGGUUUCAGGGAUGGUGUGGGCUGCCGGAAAGAAGCUCAACGAUGCAACCUUUCCAAAUAUAUAUCUGGACAAUGCAGAGGAGCUGCUAGAAUACUUGUCCUAAUAGGAGGUGCGACAGCAGCUGUUACAGUGAUAGCGGUUGUGGCCGUUACUUCCCGUUUCCUUGUGAAAAGAUCAAAAGUGAGGAGCAGAAGCCGACGCCACCGGAGCCGGAGACUCACAGAAACAGCAGGCAUAGCCAUCCCAGUCUAUCACUACAAGGAAAUGGAGAAAGCCACCAACUUCUUCUCCGAGAAAAAGAUGCUCGGAACCGGCGCCUACGGCACGGUCUACUCCGGCAAGCUGAGCAACGACAAAUGGGUGGCCAUCAAGAAACUCAAACACGGCGGCAGCAGCAGCAGCGAACACGUGAUCAACGAGAUCAAACUCCUGGCCUCAGUGAGCCACCCGAACCUGGUCCAGCUCCUGGGCUGCUCCAUGGAGGACGAAGAGAUUCUGGUGUACGAGUUCAUGCCCAACGGCACACUGUGCCAGCAUCUGCAGGGGGAGAAGGGCGGCGGCCUCGCCUGGCCGGUCCGCCUCAGCAUCGCCCUCGAGACGGCCAAGGCGCUGUCGUAUCUGCACCACACGCUGCAUCCGCCUAUCUACCACAGAGACGUCAAGUCCAGCAACAUACUUCUCGACUACAACUACACCGCCAAAGUGGCGGACUUCGGGCUGUCGAGGCUGGGGAUGGCCGCCGGCGCCGACCUGUCCCACGUCUCGACGGCGCCUCAGGGGACCCCGGGAUACGUGGACCCGCAGUACCACCAGCACUUCCAUCUCUCCGACAAGAGCGACGUGUACAGCUUCGGCGUGGUGCUUGUGGAGAUCAUAACGGCGUUGAGGGUGGUCGACUUUAGCCGGCCGCCCGGCGAGAUAAACCUGGCCGCGCUGGCUGUGGACAGGAUCGGGCGAGGGUGUUUGGAAGAGAUCAUCGACCCGUUUAUCCUCAAAUUGGACGGCGGUGAUUGGACGCUGUCGUCGGUGCAUAAGGUGGCUGAGCUGGCCUUCAGGUGUCUUGCCUUCGACAGGGAUUUGAGGCCGUCGAUGAUGGAAGUUGUGGUUGAGUUGGAGCAGAUUGCGGCGAGUAAGUGGACAAAGUCUGCCUCAUCUUCCUCCAAUUUGAUGAUCAAAGAAGAUGAAGAAUUGUGUAAGGUUAGUAGCAGGGAUUUUUCUCCAGCUGCUUCAGUUCAUCAUUCAUGGGGAAGUGAUGAGACUUCGCCAUCGUCAAAAUAGUUUGCUCAACGCGGCCACUAAUUAAGUCAACUCAAACUUUUUUUGGUGUAGCACUGUAGUUAAUUAAAUUCUUUUACUGUACUUAAAGCUUCUGUAACUGUAAUGAGGAGAUAAACCGUAGUACUCAUUUGAUGAAAGAAGAGAGUUUUUCGUAAUA